AUGAUGAUGAUGAUGGUCUGAGGGGGAGGAGGAGGAAGAGGAGGAGGAGGGAUAUCACCAGUUAAUAACCCCAGCCUCCUCUGCCCGUCAGCAUCAUGAUCGCAGAAUGCACCGGGACCCUUCACCAGCGGAGCCGCGUCGUGAUGACCGUCCGCGGGCACAGCUGCAGCCAGGUGACGCUUGACAUUUCCUCCGUCCAGUAGUUGAUUUCUCGGAGCGGCGCGGUGUGAAAUCUGGAGCUUUGGCACAGACACGCUCACUCUCUCAGCUGCUGCCUCUCCGGCGCGUACUUCGCUCCGACACAUUCCUCCGAGGCUUUCCUUUCUCCCAUCUGGGAGCUGGUGGAAACUUGAGGGACUUUACCGUCGCCGGCGGAGGACAAAAGGCGGACGCACGGAUAGUGUCCGCGCGGCGAGCUGGGUGUCUUUCUCCGGGGCGCACAGCGGUGCUGCUGGACCAGCCGAGGACGCACCAAGUCCCGUCCAACAUCCACUCGUUUCACCCCCCACCGGGCGUCCCGAGCACAGCAAACAUGAUUCUCCCCGGGAUCGUCUUCGCUCUUUUCUUCUCAGGUGUGUUGCCAUUCUCAGCACCCAUCUUCCCCUUCCCUCCCCCCCACACUGACUGCGUUGAAGCCCAUCGUGUGUGCACCGCCGACCCUCCCUGCAAGGCGCUGUACCGGGGCUUGGAGCUAUGUGCCGCCGACGCAAUGGUGUCUCCGCUUGGGGAGCAGGCGGCGUCCGAGUGCCUGGAGGGACGGGACAAUCUGCUGGCGAAGCACCCCUCUCUGUGGGCCUGCAAGUGCCAGCGUGGCUUCCGCAAAGAGGAGCAGUGCCUGCGCAUAUACUGGGGGGUUCGUCUGCUACCAGGGGAAGAUGAGCUGGAAACAUCUCCCUAUGACGACACACUAGUGGAUACUCGCAUGGCCUCUUUAGUGUCAGUCUCAUCUUUCAUGCAGCUGGACGGUGAGAACCAAUGCCUGAAGGCAGCACAAGACUGCGGCCUGUAUGAGAAGUGUGGGUCGCUGCGAUCAGAGUACGUCCUGGCCUGCACCAAGCGGGUGCCCGGGACCACCCGAUGCAACCAGCACAAGUGCCACCGAGCCCUGCGACGCUUCCUGGAGCGGGUUCCUGAGGAGUACAGUUUGGGUGUCUUGUUCUGCCCCUGCACCAACACCCUGUGUGGUGAGAGGAGGAGGAAAACCAUUGUGCCCUCCUGCUCCUACCAAGACAUGGAGGGUCUGCAACACAACUGCCUCCAUCAGCAGAGCUUCUGCCGUCGAGAAGACAUCUGCAGGUCCAGACUGGCUGAUUUCCUUAACAACUGCCAGCCAUCUCAUCUGACGGCCAGCGGCUGUCUGAAAGACUCACCAGGCCUCUGCCUCCGAGCCUACGCUGGACUCAUAGGUACCAUCAUGACGCCCAACUACAUCAGCAACAGCUCUGCAGACGUAUCGCUGUGGUGCAACUGUGAAGGCAGCGGCAACCAGUGGCAGGACUGUCAAAGACUGCAGCGCCUCUUCACUCACAACACCUGCCUGCGUAACUCUAUUAGCUGGAUGGGGAACCCCGGUUCCCUGCCUGCAGACAUCACCCAGCCUCCCGCUCCCAGACCCUCCCCGCUGGUUCAGGAGGACGAGCUGCUGAGCAACAACCACCUGCCUGAGCAAAACAUCAUUGUGAUGGAGAGCGAGGAAGAGGAGGAAGUGACGCAGAUAGAGAAGGAGGAGGUUGAUGAAGGCGGUCAGUUUGAUGUCAUCCCGCUCUACUCUGAGAGGGCCACCGUCUCCAACCUGGGCUCGUCUGGGACUGGGGGGGCAGCGCCUCUCACCACAGCCCCUGCCAAGCCCUUACUACUGCUCCUGCUGCUCCUAUCUCUCAGCUGGGGGUAGAACAGAGGAUACAGAGAAGACACACACACACAUGCACACUCACAUGCACACACUCACGUAUAAUGGACCUGCCAACAAUCCUGGACUGAUUGCUGUAAAAUUAUAAGAAACAUAGUGAAGAAAUGGACUUCACCUUUUGUCAGUAGCAUCCCUUCGAGCCCUGUUGUCUGUCCUUGCUUUCAUCCUUCCCUCCCUUCUUUGGAAAAUAGCACUUUGUUUCGUGUGGUCUGACUGGAGCUGCAGUGGGGCGUUGCUGUCCGGUGAACACAGGAGACCCGGUUGUGGUUGGGUGUUCACGUGCUGCCGUCGACCAGUGAGCGUAAUGUAGCUCUUACUUGUCCAGAGAGAAAAUCAUGAAGUGGCUUUUUAACUGUGUUGGAUUUGUACAUAUUGCUCAGACAGUAGCUCCAAGCAGCUCCUCACAUUAGCUGUAGUUAUGAAUUGGAGAUCUGAAUUUCAGACUGCUCCUCAAAAAGGAGCGUCCCCGAUCGAAACAAGAUGUGCCAAAAUGGCUGCCGCCUUUGCUGGCAGUGGAAGGUAAAUAAAACACAAUAUUAAGAAUAAACUAAAUGCAAAUAUGAAUGAAGGAGGUGCAAAGCUUCCACAGUCAGUGUCUGGUUUAGCACGGUGGUAAAUAAUCCUGAACUGAUGUCUGUUAACGGUAGCUUACGUUCUCCUGCCAUUCACGAACCACUUCAACCGUACCACACACAGUCCAGCUAAUGUGUUAGCAGACAGACAAACACAGCUACUGUAGUACUUCCUCAUUUUUUUCCAUUUAAAUAUACACAUUUUUUGUUUAUUCCUUGCUGAAACAUCGGCUACUUUCAUGUGCAGAAGUUAAAUACUAACACAGGCUCGUUAACUAUUGGUGACUUCAGCUUUGUAUUUAAAUUCCAAAGUCCUGAAUAUCGCCUCUUUCAAACAUGCACUCUUUCCCAUGAUUCUGAUGGCACCUGCACAUGCUGGCUUUGUGUUUGAAUGGUCUUAUUAGAUCCAACACCGUAACAUUUCUGUAUCAUGCUCAAGUCUGAACUGUGUGCGGAGUCCUGGUGCUUCCAGCAUUGUGAUGUGUUGAAGGCUUUUCCCACAUUUGAGCAGCAAAAACAACGCAGAGAGCAAACAAACACAGUUUCACAGAUUCACUUUACAGUUUUACAUCUAUUACAAACUGAAAUGUCCAUAAAAAAAUGUGAACAGGACCUAGUUUGUUUCAGCUCGUUGUAGGAGUCUUUUCUCUGAGUUUAUUAAAUACCUGCAGCACACAUGGAACAACAGCAGUAACUUGAUUCAUUAUAUGCAAUUUGGCGAAAGGAUCGAUCAGUAUCUAACAGCAAGCAGUUGGAUGAUCAUCACACGUGGACAGAAUUUUCAUUGUUUAAGAAAUCACACUAAACUAGACGAGUAGUUAUUUGGACAGUUUGAAAAGUUUACUAUUAUUUAACAUUUGCUUAUUAGUGCAUUUUUAUGCAUUAUUUAUCACUUCCUACGCUGUCCAGUCUUGCCUGUAUGACAAAUAUGGUGUGCGUACUGUGGCUCUCUUUGUCACUGUGGUGUGUAUGUCUGAAUAAAGCUGUAAGGAGCAUUCAUUUAAA